GGCUGAAAGAGGAAGAGGCAGAGUGCAGCGGUCCGCGCUGGGCGCUGACGCACGCGCACAGCGACCCGCGCCGGGUUCGACUCCCCUUUCUUGGCCGGAGCCCCUGACUGGAGCCGCUGACUGAAGCCCGCUGACUGGAACGACUGGCGGGGCAUGAUGGUGGUAGGCACUGGCACCUCGCUGGCGCUGUCCUCCCUCCUGUCUCUGCUGCUCUUCGCCGGGAUGCAGAUAUAUAGCCGCCAACUGGCCUCCACCGAGUGGCUCACCAUCCAGGGCGGCCUGCUGGGCUCCGGCCUGUUCGUCUUCUCUCUCACCGCCUUCAAUAAUCUGGAGAACCUGGUCUUUGGCAAAGGAUUCCAGGCCAAGAUCUUCCCUGAGAUUCUCCUGUGUCUCCUGUUGGCGCUCUUUGCAUCUGGUCUCAUCCACCGAGUCUGUGUAACCACUUGCUUCAUCUUCUCCAUGGUUGGUUUGUACUACAUCAACAAGAUCUCCUCUACUUUGUACCAGGCAACAGCUCCAGUUCUCACACAAACCAAGGUCACUGGCAAAGGCAAGAAAAGGAACUAACUGUCUUUCUAAUAAAGUUGAUUCUUUGUA